GUUACAUGUACGUUGUUGGAGCGCUAUGGCGCAUGAAAGCCCAAAGUUAUCGCGCACCUGCCAGUGUUUUAUUUUAGGACGAUAACUCUAAAUUGAAGUUUACACAAAGUAACAGUAUAUAGUAUAAUAGUAUCACACAUUUAUUAUUUAUUUCUCACUCUUCUUUGAUUGACAUUCGUCAUGUUUGUGGCCAAAUCCAUCCCUGUUGAUCAUAAAGACUUGAUCCACGAUGUCUCCUAUGAUUUCCACGGCACACGAAUGGCCACAUGUUCCAGUGACCAAAGCGUGAAGGUGUGGGACUUGGGAGAAGAUGGAGAGUGGCACUGCACAGCGAACUGGAAGACCCACAGUGGCUCCGUGUGGCGAGUGACAUGGGCACACCCUGAGUUCGGGCAGGUUCUCGCCACAUGCUCCUUCGACAGAACCGCGGCGGUGUGGGAGGAGCUGGUGGGAGAACACGGCAAAGGUGAAGGUCAGACACCAUGGGUCAACAGGGGUAACCUUGUGGACAGUCGAACUUCUGUGACGGACGUCAAGUUUGGGCCUCAGUAUUUGGGUUUGCAACUGGCAACAUGUUCAGCUGACGGGAUCGUCCGAAUCUAUGAGGCUGUGGAUGUGAUGAACCUCAGCAACUGGCCCCUCCAGCAUGAGAUCUCAUGUCGGAUCAGCUGCAGCUGCUUGUCAUGGAACAACUCCAGAGUUCACCCUCCAAUGAUAGCUGUUGGCAGUGACGACCCUAACCCUGCUGCUGGUGCAAAGGUCCACAUCUACGAGUACAAUGAUAAUGCGAGGAAAUGGAACAAAGUGGAGAGUUUAUCCAUGGUCACAGACCCCGUCCAUGAUGUUGCCUUCGCUCCGAACCUGGGGCGGUCGUACCACCUGUUGGCAAUCGCUGCCAAGGAUCUCAAGAUUAUUUCUCUGAAGCCACUGAGGAAGGAUGUUUCUUUAGGAGCACAAGCCAGCCUGACGAAGUUUGAGAUGAGACAAGUGGCAAGCUUCAGUGACCAUGAGUCUCAGGUAUGGCGCGUUUCCUGGAACGUGACGGGUACAAUUCUAGCAUCGUCCGGAGAUGAUGGAUGUGUCCGACUAUGGAAAGCCAACUAUCUGGACUCCUGGAAGAGUAUCUCAGUCAUGAAGGGAGAUGGAUCGCCACAAGACUCCGCUCGCAACCUCAGCAACAUGCCGCAAGCAAUGUCCGUUUCCAACGGCAACAGUGAAGGCGUCAGGGCACCCCCUCCUGGAUCCAUGAACAUCAAGCGCCUCAGCAACUGGCCCUUCACGUCCGUGCAGAAAGACCAGGCCAAGCUCUUCUACUGACAAGGCCACAAUACUACCUCAUCCUACUUAUACAUGCCUAUCUUCAGAAGAAUGAUAUUAUGGUUUGGACAAUAUUGCCUCAGUAUUAAGCAUGUAGGCACUGGUUUAUUUUAUCAGGCUAUGUUUGUGAUCUAGCACAUUUCAAAGGAGAGCAGUAUAUUUUUGUGUAGAAAGUUCAAUGAUCAUGUAAGGGCAGGCUUUAGGUAGGAACAUCAGUUUGAUAGUUUAUCAGUUUUGUUUGCCACUUCCUCCUUUGAUGAGGAUAAUAAAAAACACUCGGCAUGAUAGUCUUCCAUGUUCAUUGAAGAUGAGAUAAACCACUCGGCAUGUGUGUGGUGGGUUCAGACAGUCUUCCAUGUUCAGUGAAGAUGAGAUACACCACUGGUUGUGUUAGGUGGGUUCAGAUAGUCUGCUAUGCAUGUUUAGUGCAGCAGGUUUAGCUCAGGGUGCUGUGUGCGUUACAUUGUUAUUUUCACACUGGAAGCACUGAUGUUAUUAUUUUGUUUGUAGGACAAUGGUAUUUUUUGUUAUUUUGAAGUGAAUUGAAAGCUUGCUAUUUUUAUAAGAAAAUCUAUCAUCAGAAUUGUACAUCUGAUUUUAUCUGUCAUGCCACAGUAGGACCAUUUGUAUUCAGUAUUAUUCAUGGCCCUUGUAGUCAUGGUAAAGGUGGGCCGGCUCCUUGGGGUGGUGUUCCCGCUGAUAGACGACUCCAGCAAUAAAUCGUACACCUUUUAUCCUAGUGAAACUAAAGCAGGUUUAUCCUUGUGAAACUGAAGAGAUUUUAUGCUUGUGAAACUCAAACAGAUUGGAAUCAUUGUUAACCUAAAGCAAAUUUUAUCCUAGUGAAGCUGAAACAGAU